UACAGACUGCAGCACCGGAAGUUCCUCCCUACGAUCUCGGAAGUAUUUCCGUGUGCUCCUCUGUGGAUGUAGGUCUGUGUUUUUCUUUCAAACUCGGAGAUGAGCGGCAAAUCUGAUGGAAACAACGAAUUCCACGAGCAGCUGCGAUUGCAGCAGCUGUACGGGGGGAGCCGAGAGGAGGGGGGCGGAGAGGACCCCAACACCUACGUGGAUCCCGAAGACGGGACGGUGUAUGACUGGGACCCCGAAAAGAGGGCUUGGUUCCCGAAGUUAACAGAAGACUUUCUGGCAACUUACCACGCCAACUAUGGCUUCAAUACGGAGGAAUCUGAGAGCACGUCUACCUUGGCUGAUAAGCCGGCCCCUGCUACCCAGGGUGGUGAUGCCAAGAAACCACCAGCAGGUGGCGCUGAGGCUUCACAGGCUAAAGAGGGCAAACAGAAAGGAGAGAAGCGUAAAUGCGACCCGGGUUGGUUUGAUGUGGACGAAGGGAAAAACACAAAUGUCUAUGUGUCAGGCUUGCCGCUGGAUAUCACCCCUGAUGAAUUUGUGGAAGUUAUGUCCAAGUGUGGGAUUAUCAUGCGAGACCCCAUCACAGAGGAGUAUAAAGUGAAGCUCUACAGGGAUAACCAAGGGAACCAGAAAGGAGAUGGGCUGUGUUGUUAUCUCAAGAAGGAGUCGGUGGAGCUGGCGGAGAAGCUGAUCGAUGAGUCUGAGAUCCGGGGGUACAGGCUGCACGUGGAGGCGGCGCAGUUCGAGCUCAAGGGCCAGUACGACGCCAGCAAGAAGAAGAAGAAGAACAAAGACUACCGCAAGAAGCUCCUGAGGCAACAGAAGCAACUGGACUGGAAGCCAGAGAAGAAGGCUGGCGAGGCUCGGCUGAGGCAUGAGCGGGUUCUGAUCAUCAGGAACAUGUUCCACCCCAAGGACUUUGAGGAGGAUCCGCUGGUGCUCAAUGAGAUCAGAGAGGACCUGAGGACAGAAUGCGAGAAGUUUGGCCAAGUCAAGAAAGUCCUCAUUUUUGAUAGGCACCCGGACGGAGUGGCUUCAGUAGCUUUCAAAGAGCCGGAGGAGGCGGAUGUCUGCCAGCUGGCUCUGAAUGGUCGCUGGUUUGGGGGGCGAAAGCUGUCUGCAGAAUUGUGGGAUGGGAAGACGGAUUACCAGAUUGAGGAGACAUCAAGGGAGCGGGACGAGAGGCUGAAAGGAUGGUCCUCAUUCCUCGGGGACAACUCAGCUGUGUCUGCUGGGAAAGAGGCCCCCCAAGGGGAGGGGCCCCCCAAGGAAGGUGGUCCCCAGCCCCUAACGCAGAACACGGAAGUAUCCCCAGCAAGGAGCCCUGAGCCUGGGGGGCCUGUUAGGGAAGAGGGGGAGACCCAGGGGAACGGGAGCAGCGUUUCAGAGGAUCCUGGAGUCGAGUCGACAGACAGCAGCCUGGCAGAGAGCGAGGAUGACAGGGAGGGUGUAAAUGAAGAGGACGAAUAACCCGCUGGAACAGCAGGGUGGUCUGUGCUGAGUGGGAUAACGGAACCGUCAGCGAUUCCUGUUCCGAGAUCCCAUUUGUACAAGGAAGGGACUGAAAAGAAAGUGCUGUACCAGUAGCCCCUGAUGCAAAAGGAAAAAAAAUGCCCUAGUUUUGCAGUCCCUGAUCUUUCCUCUUCUCAUUGCUUUUCAUUUUAAUCAGAUUUUCUGCAUUUUUUUUUUAACCACUGCAUAAUAAACAGAUGUUGAGUGUCGGCUGUGAUGUGCUUUUCUGUGUACAGCAGGGGUGAAAACACGAUGGCUCGCUGAGGCCAGCGGGAUCUCAGGAUCUCGAGAAAACGGAAACGAUUAUCUCUCCCCCACCCCAUCCCGAGAUAGAGAACUCUUUUCCAGACUCCCAUUUUUCUCGCGAUCCUGAGAUCAAUUAUCUCAUGACCAUGACAUCAUUUUUUUCCCCAAUGGCCUCAACGAGCUGCCAUAUGAAAGAGACCAUCGCCUUAUUUAAUAGAACGUGGCAGUGGCACUGAGAUCUGCUGCUGUGUCCGUGCAAUAGACGUGUUGUGUGCCAGGGUCUGUGAGCGUUGGGGUCUUGCUGCUUGGUUUGUAACUCUCAGAGCUGGAGAUUGGUGAGCUGCAGUGGAACUGAGCUGGUUAUGAAGAGUCAAACACAUAUGACUAGCCAGCACAUAACCAUACAGUCUGUGCAACAGGUUUGCAUUUCGAAAGUGUCAAAUUCAUUAUCAUAAGCAGGACGUUUAUUCUAGAAUAGUUUGUUUUUUUCUUUUUGCAUUUGCAAAAUAAUUGACUAAUAAAAUAACCCAUUAUACCUGCUGCACCACGCCUAAAACAGGAGGCUUUCAAAGCUGAUGUAUGAAGUAUGCAACCGUUUGUUUCUUUUUUUGUAUUUUUUUCAAGAUUGUAAGGUAAAGUAAGUGUGUCUUUGAAGGUGCAUUUUUGAGCCGCUGGCCUUUCGAACUCUAAUGCUACACUGUGUCCUCUAUCAAAUCCAAACAUUUGAAAUGUCUUUUGUCAAUACAGUCCAAUGACAGCAAUAUAAACACACGUUUGAACCUAGCGCUGAAUUGCGUCCAUCACCUGCCCCUUUAAAUACCGUGACUGGAAGAUACCAAACUUUAUGAUCAGUGUUUUUUUUUUUCUUUUUUUGUAAAAAAAACAAAAAAUAAAUAAAAAUUCCAUUCUAUCAA